GUGCUGAACACCCACAUCUCCACCUGAAGUCAGUGAGAAUUGUGGGGGCUCAGUAUCUCUGAAAAUCAUAGCUGCAUAGAUUUUAAGGCCAGACAGGACCAUCAUGAUGAUCUCUUUUGACCUAGAAUUACAGUUAACUGCUGCCCAGAAACAGUAUCAGAAAAAGCUUUUGAUCUGCUAGUGUGUGGGCGAUGUCAAAACCAAGAUGAAUUUUAAAGUUCACAUCGCUGUGCUCUUGUUUUGCUUCUCUGCUUUUGCCGAGGAAGGCACAGGAAGAUAUGAAGGACUAAAUAGAACUGGACAAUUACCAAGCUAUCCUGUGUGUGUUCAUUACAUCCUCAAACCAAUGUGUAUUUUGUAUUAUCGCCCUGUCUGUGGCAGUGACGGGAGAACCUACCGGAACAAGUGCGAGCUCUGCAGUUACUGCAGGGAACAUGACAUGAAUAUAAAGAUUGUUAAGGAAGGAGCAUGUUAAAGAUUGAGGAUACCACCAUCUGUCUUGUCUUGCACGCCCUGGAAUCCUUCAAGCUUAUUAAUAUGUAAUCCUGCCAUGGUGCCAGAGGACAGACUAGAUUUCCUCUUGAGGUUCCUACAUUCUGAUGACUAUGUUCAUAUUGUACUAAUGCUAUCGUUUUAGUUUGUUUAAAAAAUAAAAUGGUUGUUUAAAAUCGUUAACAUAAAAGGGUUCUAUUCCAAAUCUCUGUAUUAA